CUGGUGAAGAUCAACGCAUCAGAAGCAAUGUUCGUGACCGCCAAAGUCGAUGAGGAUGAUCAGUUCAGAGAAGCGCAAGUUGUACCUAUAUUGAAAUGAUCCUAAUUAAUCCCGAACUUUAUAACCCCUUGUCUUGACAAAUGGAGUACUCCGCGGGAUUUCGACGGAGUACGAGACUCCACUUUUCUAUUUUCUUUCAACAUUCGGAAAAUAAGCAGCAAACAUUUCUCGAUGACUACCACAUUGGCUUGGCUGCUUCAUUUAACCCGGAUUUACCAUCUACCCAAGUACCUAGGUGACUAGUUGCAUAUAGCUAAACAGCACAUAUUGUAGAUUAUCCGCAUUUUCGAUUACAAAUGGUUCGAAACUAAAUCCGAGGUUAAGCUUUUUAUAAGAACUGGUGCAUGAACAGCGUUUCCAACCUUGAACAGUGGAUCUGCCUCAUUUCAGUUUCUCGUUCCGUUUCAUUUCCCGUGCCUUAGCCGACUACCACCCAGUUGAGAAUGAUAAAGGUACUCAAUGACUCACCCCUCAUGCUCGUCGUCUUUGCCUUCUGCCAGCAAAGGCGGAAAAGGUGAAAAAAUGAGGGCAGACGACCAACAGAGCAUAGCAUCAUCGACGACCGAAGCUCCAUAUGAGCUGAAGAAGCCAAAAAGUCAUCCCCUGAACAAAGAUGCAAAGGAUCAAGAUUUAAACAGUGGGCCUGGCGUGCGGCCCUAUGGCGCCAACGGCGACCUGUUGGACAGCCUGUCGCGUGCUUCCAGCCGGCAGGACGCAGACAGCAUUCGAGAAGAUGGGGACCAGCCGCCUGGCGCUUCCAGUCGACUUUCGCGAGCCCUGAGCCGGAGCGCAUCGCGCUCCAGCUGGAACCCUGGUCCACCACCUGAUGGAGGCCUCGAAGCGUGGCUCGUCGUCCUGGGUGCGCAUUUCGUCAAUUUCAAUUGCUGGGGGUUCAUCAAUUCGUUUGGCGUGUUCCAGCCUUACUACGUGGACCUCCUCGGCCGGCCGCCGUCGGACAUUGCAUGGAUCGGGUCGAUACAGACGUUCCUCGUCUUCUUCAUCGGGGCCUUUACCGGGCGGCUCACCGACAUGGGCUACUUUCGGACUCUCUUCUACACGGGUGUCGUCUUCAUGCUGACGGGCAUCUUCACGACGGCUCAAGGCUCACAGUACUGGCACUUUUUGCUGUCGCACGGCAUCUGCAUGGGCAUCGGGUACGGAUGCCUCUUUUGUCCGGCCGUCGCCGUUACGAGCACCUGGUUCGCUAAGAAGAGAGCGACGGCCAUGGGCAUGGUGGCCUGUUCCACCGGCACCGGCGGCCUGGUCUUCCCCAUCAUGGUCCGGCAGCUCCUGCCCACGGUGGGCUUUGCCUGGACCCUGCGCACCAUCGGCUUCGUGCAGAUGGCAACGUUGCUCAUCUCGGCAUUCACCAUCAAGACAAGGGUUCCUCCCAGGAGACAGGGGUCGUUCCUGGAUCUAUCUGCAUUCAAAGAGCUGCAGUACACAUUCUAUGUCAUUGGGGCGUUCUUUUCUUUCCUGGGCGUCUUCGUCAUCUUCAUCUUUGUCGUCUCCUACAGCCGCGACGUGGUCGGGCUCUCGUACACGAACGCACUCAACCUCAUGAUGGUGCUCAACGGCGCCGGUGUCCCCGGCCGACUCGUACCAAACUACCUAGCUGACCGCGUCGGGGUCAUCAACAUGUUUAUAAUCUUUGCCGGCGUCUCAGGCAUAUGCGGGCUGUCCUGGAUGGCCGUCAAGACAGUAUCGGCCGUGUACCCCUGGACGCUCUUCUUUGGCUUCUUCGCCGGCGGCAUACAGAGCCUCUUUCCCGCAGGCGCGUCGGCUCUGGCUCCGGACCUGCGCAAGAGGGGAGUGCGCAUCGGCAUGGUCUUCAGCUGCGUCAGCAUCGCCGCGCUGACAGGGUCGCCAAUCGCGGGCGCCCUUAUCUCCGCCAUGAAGGGGAGCUAUCUAGCUGCUCAGGUGUUUGUGGGGGGUUCCCUGUUGAUAGGCAGUGGGUUCCUCAUCGCGAGUAACAUCGUGGCCGGCAGGGAGAUGGGGAUCAAGGGAUGGCCAAAGGCUUGAGAUGGGCCCCUGCCAGCAUAUUCUCGCCAAUCGUCUCAGGGUUGGAAGAGUAGUAUCUAAUCUCAUCAGCAAUCCGAUCUGGCAUUCCUUCUUGUCUUUUUUUUUCUUGUAAAAUAAGGUGCUGAAAAGCUGGCCAAGAAAGAAGUAAUCUUACUAGGCAGCUCAAUUUUUUAGUCUUGGUUUACUCAAAGAUACCCAGUUGGCAUCGUCAUCGUUCGG